UCGCCACAGAUCGCAGGUCCUCAGCUGUAGCCUACAGUGUGAUGUAACAGGAAGUAGUGGGUUGCCUUCCAACGUCAACCUGACAGCCGUCUGAGCUGCGCUCAUUGAGCGCCGGAGGUCCACCGUGUCCAGUUCUCUGCGCUGAAGCCGAGGAGGAAAAGACGCUUUGGGGGACUGCUCUGAGAGUUUAUUGCGGUUCCUGCCUCUGCGCUCCGGGUGGAUUUUACUCUGUGGUCUGCAGUUUGUAAAUCAUCGUCCAGCUCUGAAAUGGCUGACAGGAAGUUGGAUGGCUUUGGACAGAUUUGGAUGGUAGCGCUUAUACUGCUGUGUAAUCCAGCAGCGUUUACGGUAAAGGCAAGUCUGGCGAUCAAUGAAACCCAGCAGCAGGCUUCAACCAGUGUCUACAAUGACAUUACGGUCACCAGGAACAAGAUAGUCACAGCCCAGUUUGAGUGCUAUCAAAAGUUAAUGAAAGAAAAUACCCACAGCAGACAAGAACCUGUGUGCAAUCGCACAUGGGACGGCUGGCUUUGCUGGGAUGACACCAAAGCAGGAGUUACAUCCGAGCAGCACUGCCCGGACUACUUCCAGGAUUUUGAUCCAUCAGAGAUGGUCACAAAGAUUUGCACUGACAGUGGUCAAUGGUUUCUGCAUCCGGAGAGCAACAGGACAUGGACCAACUACACCCGCUGCAAUGAGCACACUGUAGAAGGCAGAAUGACUGCAAUGAACCUUUUCUACCUUGCCCUCAUAGGACAUGGGCUGUCUCUGACUUCCCUCCUCAUCUCCCUAGCAAUUUUUUUCCAUUUCAAGAGUUUGAGCUGUCAAAGGAUCACCCUUCAUAAGAACCUCUUCUUCUCUUUUGUUCUGAACUCUGUGAUCACCAUCAUUUUGCUGACUGCAGUGGCCAACAACCAGGAGCUCGUGCAGAGGAAUCCAACAAGCUGUAAAGUGUCCCAGUUUAUUCACCUGUACCUGUUUGGCUGUAAUUACUUCUGGAUGCUGUGUGAGGGGAUAUAUUUGCACACUCUCAUCGUGGUGGCAGUGUUUGCUGAGAAGCAGCAUCUGAUGUGGUACUAUCUCCUAGGAUGGGGCUUUCCUCUUAUCCCAGCCACCAUACAUGCCGUCGCUCGGAGCUACUACUACAACGACAACUGCUGGAUUAGCUCAAAAACAUCACUGCUCUACAUCAUCCACGGCCCCAUCUGUGCUGCUCUUUUGGUUAAUUUGUUCUUUCUACUCAACAUCGUGCGAGUUCUCAUCACCAAACUGAAGGUGACCCAUCAAGCAGAAUCAAGUCUGUACAUGAAAGCCGUGAGAGCCACGCUCAUCCUGGUCCCUCUGCUUGGAAUUCAGUACGUCCUGCUUCCCUACAAGCCAGAGGGACGGGUCUCUUCGGAAAUAUAUGACUACAUCAUGCACAUACUCAUGCAUUACCAGGGUCUGCUUGUGGCCACCAUCUUCUGCUUUUUCAAUGGAGAAGUCCAAGCUGUUCUGAGGCGGCACUGGAACCAGUAUCAUAUCCAGUUUGGCAGCAGCAUAGGAAACCACUCGGAUGCCCUGCGCUCAGCUUCCUACACAGCUUCCUCCAUCACUGAGGUACAGGGCUGCUACAGCAUCGACGGUCACUCGGAACACAUGAACGGCAAAGGCUGCCACGACUCAGAUGCCUCCAUACUCAAGUCAGACAGCCCCUUCGCCUGACACAAACAGUGCUCUCAGACUCUGUCCAUCCCACCAUCACCCUUAAAAUCUGCCACAUGCUUGGAGCUCGCCAUCCAGGAAAACUGGCCACUUCCCAUAGAUACAUAGAGGAAAACGAGUGAGGGGGAAAAAGGAUUGUCCAUCCGGGCUGUCAUGCAUCUGAAGGAAAUUAUGACUUCUUAUCCACACCAACACAGGUCCUUUAACUGUACUGUACGGUGAGCUUGAUACAGCUACUCCUGCGCUGUGCUUUGUCUACAAUUUGCAUCUGAACUGCUUUACUUGGACUACGAUGCUUUCAGAUCUUUCAGCCUGACUAAAUCAUUUUUAAAUCAAUAAUUACUGACUGCUUGAUUAUCCUCCCGGGUUCAUGUUGUGCACAAAAGGCCUUUGGUUACACUGUAAAUUCUUUUGACACAGUUAGUGCCAAACCAAGAAAUCUUGCCUGCCUCAUUUAUUUUUUUCAUUAUCAAUAAUGAAUCAGAUAGGACGUCUAACAUGUGCAUAUUGAAGUAUUAAACAUAUCUGUAUCUUUCACAUGUUAAACUUAAUUUAUCAACAUAUUCUUGUUUAUUAAAUGAAAAUGGAUUAAAUAUCAUACAGUAUUUAUGAAAGGUUUAUAUGUUACAUGUUUGUUUUUUUAUUUUCAAAAUUAAAUACUGAUAUAACUUGCCAGCAGCACAGAAAACUUUUCUUUGUUUCAGUGUUUGUUCCUGUGUGUGCAGUUCAUGCAGGCGAUUUUGGUUCGCACCACUAGCUCACGCUCUUCAUUUCUAGUCAAGAUGUUUGCACCUGCUCAAGUGAUCCUUACUAACGUGUGCAUCAGUUAGGCAACAUGGUUGCAAUGUUUACAGAAUAUUAUCAAAGAGAAGCCACAUUUGAAUGUUGACAGCCAAUGGUGUGUUUCAUUUGAACUUGGAAUUUUCCCAACCAAAAGUUUGUUUUUUGUUUUUUAACUGGAACACCCCCCUCAAAUCUGACUUCCAAUUCGGAAGGUUGGAGAAUUCCCACCAACAACGAUUUUACAAUCCAGUAUAGCAGUGCAUGUAAAGCUUAUAUUGCUGAAUAAGCCAUAUUCAGAGCAUUGACCACGUUUUGUGUGUGAACAUGCAGCAGUGGUGUUUUCCAGCUUAUAAAAUAAGCAAAGCGCUAUAUUGCUAGUCAUGCAUGAAUGGCUCUACCUUGCGAAGGAGCAGAACGCCGCUAGGACACACUCGGCUCAGGAGUGACAUCACACCCCACUCUGAUGUGCAACUUCCAAGGCAAAUGAAAUGCAGCAUUUAUUUAAAGACUUCAAGGUUCAA